AUGGUGGCUGACGGCCCGGGGCGUGCCGUCUGCGGCUCCUUCCGGGGCGCCGGCCGGCUGGAGCCGACGGUGGCCGUGGGCAUCGGACGGACGACUGUGAUGGCCGAAGUCUCGUCCUCUUCAUCAUCGGAUGCGACCCUGGGCUACAGACCCGGAGAGCUGGAGGAGGCCAUCGCGGACCGCCGCUCAGCACAGGCCCGAGUGGACCCCGCAGUCCCCGAGACGAUCCAGCACUAUGUUGAAACCAGACGACGAGCGGCGGAGGUGGAGGCGAGAGUCUCCCGCCAACGAUUCCACCAGAUGGUAUCCGAGGAGCUGAACAAGCCCAACAGCAUCGGCCGAGCGUCGAAGAUCCUCAAACGAUGGGAAGGUGCGACCGACGACGACCACAGAGACGGCCAGGCUAUGGAACACGGAGGACGCCUCCUAGUCAAGGACGGCGACAAGGCCGACGCCUUCUGUCAAACAUACGCCUGGGUCUCUCGCCAAGUAAGGGCUCCCAAGGUCGACCGCCUGGCGAAGCAGCAGAGGAAGGCCCUCACCCCGUCCACGUGCCGAGAGUGUGACGGCGCCCGUGUGGGAUGCUGCGGAGCCUUCAGCAUGGACGAACUGGUCCGGCAGCUGAACUCUCUCAAGUUGAGGAAGACACCCGGUCCCGACGGCAUCACGGCUGAGAUGCUCCUCCACCUGGGCCCUACCGCGCGACGGGAACUCCUGCACGCCAUCAACAGCAGCUGGCAAGAAGGAGCCGUCCCACGUGAGUGGCGCCAGGCCACAAUCUGCCCUAUCCCAAAGGCCGGGAAGGACAAGCGCCUCAUCUCCUCAUACCGACCGAUCGCGCUCACCAGUCACGUCUCCAAGCUGGUCGAACGCCUAGUCAGCAGAUUGAACCACGUGGUAGCGGCCCGGAACCUAAUCCCACCCGAACAGGUGGGCUUCCGUGAGGGCCGCUCCGUGGAGGACAGCCUGGGGCGACUGUUGCAGCAGGUUCAGGACGGAUGGCAGCGCCCGCGAUCGCGUAAGAAGCAGCCAGCGGACGGCGAGACGGCCCAACGCUACGUCCUGACGGCGUUCGACUUCUCCCGAGCCUACGACACGGUGAAUCAUCGGCUACUCCGCGUCCGACUGUUGCAACAAGGCAUACCACUCUGCCUCAUCACCUGGAUCUGGAGCUUCCUCCGCGACCGCCGAGCUCACACAGAAGUUAAUGGCACCAAGAGCCGCGAGCGAAUCUUCAGAGCAGGUCUGCCACAGGGAACCGUGUUGGCGCCGAUCCUGUUCCUGUUAUGGGCGGCGCCACCGGCAGACGCCCUGAAGAAGAUCCCAGGCACGACGCCGUACAUGUACGCCGACGACACGGCGACGCUAUGCUCUGGCAACACCAUCCUGGUCGCACGGCGGAGAGCCCAGCAAGCGGCUGAUGUUCUGGUGCAGUGGGCCCUCGCCUCGAAGAUGAGGGUGGCGAGCGAAAAAACUCAGGUGCUGGUCCUCUCUCAAGCCCCCAAGGACGCAGUCGACUGCUACAUCAAGGUAGCAGGGGAGACCGUGGCCGCGGGCGCCCAGCUGAAACUCCUUGGAGUUACGCUAGACCGCACCCUCCACUUCGGGGCGCACUGCAGAAAUCUGCGACAGAAGACUCGUCCCCGGAUAGCCCAGCUCAAGAGGCUAACUGGGCGUGACUGGGGCCUCCGAGAACAGCAACUUCGAGCGGUAGCCAAUGGAUACGUCAGGGGCCCCCAAGAACAUGCUGCUGCGGCCUGGCUGCCUGCCACGCCCGCUUCCCACGUCGAGAUCCUCGAACGUGAAGUGCGGGCGGCCGCGCGCGUGAUCACGGGCUGCCCCGUCUCAACACGGACCCACGCGCUGCUGGCGGAAGCCGGUAUGCCCCCGGUCUCGGCGCGGCGUCUCUCGCUGGCGGCCCGCUUCCUGGCCAAGGCGAGAGCCCUGCCGCGCGAGGACCCGCUCCGCACCGUCGCCGACGAGGUGGUGCCGGCGCGCCUGUCCUCAGUCACCGGUUGGAGACAAGUGGGCACGGAGGUUUGGGAGGCGGCUGGCGUGUCGUCGCCGAUCGAGCCCAUCCUCCCUAGCCGGCAACCCCCAUGGGUGACCACGAACGGCGUGACCUUCCGCCUGGACGUCGGGCCCGGCCUCCCGCCGAGAGCAGCAUCUGCCCAGACGAAGCUGGAGGUAGCCACUCUCCACCUGAGCGGCCUCCCACAAUGCGCCACGUGGGUAUGGACGGACGGCGCGGCCGACGGAGGAGUCGCCAGCGGAGGUGCUGGAGCUCUGCUCGAGCUGCCGGACGGCGAGACCCGGGAGCUGCGGGUCGCUGCCGGAAAACUCUGCUCGAGCUACAGGGCGGAGCUCGUAGCCCUCAACGCAGCACUCGAGUACCUGCGACAGCACCCGGCGCACACAGAGGAUCCAGUGGUGGUCUGCACAGACUCUCAAGCGGCUCUCCGAAGGCUGCAGGAGGGACCGUCUGCGCAGUCAUCGCCCCUCGCAAUUGAGAUCUGGGACAGCCUGCUGGAGCUGUCGUCGAGCGGUCGCCAGGUCCUCCUACAGUGGAUACCGUCCCACUGCGGAAUCCCGGGGAAUGAGCGCGCGGACCAACUCCCCAAAGACGCCUCAACUCUCCCCCAAGAAGACGUCCCUGUUGACGUGACCACGGUCUACCGAGCUGCGGCGAGACUCGCGCGUGCCCGUACCACCAGCCAGUGGCCUCCUGGCUGGUACCGCACGCUGAUGGAGGGGCGUCCCCCGCCGCCGGUUCGUGGAUCCAACAGGCUGGACGCAGUGGAGACCCACCAACUACGAGCAGGACACUGGUCCGGGUCAGCCCAGAACCUGCAUAGAAUCGGGCGGCACCCAUCGCCGGAGUGCGCCCAGUGCAGUGAUCGGGGAUGCCGGGCAGGAUGGUGCCGCGCCUGCGGCGAAGAGGCCGACACCCCGGACCAUGUCCUCCUGCGGUGCCCGGCGCUGAUGAACGCCCGGCUCCGCAUCUUCGGCACCAUCUUCCCGAGCCUGAGCGACGUGCGACGGGACGACGCGGUGGCGGCCCUGGCGAGGGUCGCCAGGUACCUCCAGAGCCGUUAG